AUCUUUACUCUGAAUAAACUGUCGCUUGUCAUACAAUCUACCGCUUUGUCCGAAUCUAUCCUUGACCGGCUCACUCUCCUGCACAUCUCAAUUAUCAACAGAAUCUUGGUAGCAGAGGAUGGUUAACUAACGACCCAGUCCUGAGUGGUUGAUGUGAGUGUGAGGAGGCGAGUUGGUGAAAGGACGAUUCGAGGAAGGACGAGUGUCAAUUCGGGGGUGGACAACAAUUCUGCUCAACUCGGGAAACUGAUCUCUGGUCGACCACAAAAUAAGAUACACCGUGUCGCAGAGGGGGAGCUGACUGACGUCCCGGAACAACCAAGGGUAAAAGUUGGAGACUGGGUAAGGAUCAAAGUCCACAAGAGAAAGUGGGCUGAUCCCAGGUGGACUGGACCGUACGAAGUGAAGGAGGUUACUUCACACUCAGUCCAGGUCAAAGGUAAAUCAGGCGCACCUUGGCACCAUCUGACACAUUGCACACCAGCACCAACCCCUGCCAGAACACUGGCUGAAGUAAGAGGUGAUUUGAUCACAUCUAAUUCGAACCAAAAUUCUGAUAUCCCACCUAUCUGAACAUGUGGAGGAGACUACUCCCAUUUUCAGAUGACGGGGAGGAAAGGAGAAAGGAGAGACCGCCAUGGUCUAGGGGUAGUAGAACCCCGUGAGAGAGACUGGGAUGCUCAGGCCCAAUGUUUGUUUUGUUUUUAGUAACCACUGGGGUUGUAGCAGGCAUAAUGAUGUGGGCGGUCCAGCAUGUAACUAUGGGACAUAACUUGCCUCCUAAUAAUUCUACCAACAGUUCAGAGUCAAGACAUCUCAUGUAUAAACGGAGCAUAGAACCACUUAAGCAAAAUUGCACCGCAGAUCGAAUCAGGAGUACUACCUUGUGUGUACCAGUCAAUACUACCACCACGGUUACUCUGACAUGGGGGACAUUGGCGAGCCCGGGACAGGGAUUCGAGACCCACGCCCUUUUUUGGUCUAGGUCAGUGUGGUACAUGACGGAAGGGGGCUACAGUAAAUGGUCAUGGAAGAACUUAGUGGCAGAAACUGGUCCUGAUUGGUCUAGCUGGACGGUGAAUCGGGUGGCACUAUUAUGGAGGAGAAGGUUGGUGCUAACUAAAGUUGAUACUGGCUUAAAAUUGGUUAUCAAACAUGGGGUAGGUGGAGCUGGGUGUACCCCGUUCCUGUUGGCACCAUGGGAAGAGCAGAGAGUGUAUUGGCAUUUAAAGAUAUGUAUUCUCACCAUAACCACCCCCCGUGCUGUACUUUCAGUGCGGAAGCCGCUGUCCUCCAGUGAUCCCAGGUUGGGCCCUGUUACCAUGACCACAGCUCCUCCCAAGAUCGAUGAUGCUAUCCUAAUGGCUACAGGGGUCUCAGGUUUUACUAAUAAUUGGCUGUUGUUGGCAGAGGAAGCUGCAAACAGCACCAGGCAGAGUUGUGUGGUAUGCAUGGGUGCUCGUCCAUUACUCCGCAUUGUCCCGGCCGUGGUGAUUCUACCAUGUUUGAUCCCUUUAAUGACUACAGAUAACCCCUGUUGCAAUUGUACUACCUGGGACAGGGUUUAUCCCAUAACUAAAGCUACCAACAGGAAACCAAUGUUUUCUAACCAGGUUGCCAAGGCCAAUUUCACUUGUGUUGAUAUGUCAGGGGUUGGCAUCGAGGUAGGACGUAUUCCUAAGUCCUGGUGCCUGGACACAGUUAAGGUUGUUGGGGGUUUUAAGCCAAUAUCCCGUGCUGAUGUGUGGUGGUGGUGUGGCACUGCUGUGUUGUUUGACAAACUUCCCGUUAACACCACCGGCACCUGUGCAUUGGUUACUCUUCUGUUGCCUGUUUCUGUUUACCCCAUAGAGGCUGGGGAUCUCGCACUUAGAAUCCAGUCGGUGAAACCAGUGAAGGGGGGAGGACGUUCCAGGCGGGCUACCUCCCCAUCCAUGGAUGACCCCACUUACAUAGACGCCGUUGGGGUCCCUAGAGGGGUGCCAGAUAAGUAUAAAUUAGUUGAUCAGGUAGCUGCUGGUUUCGAGUCUUCUAUUUGUUGGUGGUGUACUAUUAAUAAAAAUGUUGACCGUAUUAAUUACAUCCAUUAUAAUGUCCAGAAAUUAGGGAAUUGGACUCAGCAGGGCUUUGAGGCGGUACAUGGCCAGUUGGCAGCUACCAGUCUUAUGGCUUUUCAGAACCGCAUAGCUAUUGACAUGUUGAUUUCUGAGAAAGGUGGCGUGUGUGCUGUUUGGUGAACAAUGUUGCACUUUUAUCCCGAAUAAUACUGCCGCUGAUGGAAGCCUGACCAUUGCUCUGGAGGGUUUGUGAACACUUAAUGGUAAAAUGAAGUCCCACUCCGGGGUGGACACCUCUAUGUGGGAUUCCUGGAUGGAGGUCUUUGGUAAAUAUAAGGCCUUGGUUUCAUCCGUUUUGGUGUCUAUCUCCGUAUUCGCUGCAAUUAUGGUUCUGUGUGGAUGCUGCUGCAUUCCAUGUAUAAGAUCUUUAACUACCAGAGCUAUUACCAAGGAUAUUGACCCUGGUGCAUCUGCUCAGAUGUAUCCUCUCCUGGCAGAUGAUGAGUAUGUUGAUCUGGUCCCGGAGUACGGUGAUGUAUAUCAGACCAUGGACCACACCGCCAUCUAGAGAGGGAAUCUAUUUUUUCUAUUUCCGCUAUUAUAUUCCUUUUUGAGCUGUUGUUCUCCAUUCUGUUAAUGAAGGUUUGAAAUUCCUGAGUGGCUGGUAGCCAACUUAGUACAUGUUGUGGUCUGAAUGGAGAACAUUAUGGUACUUUACGUUUCUGCUUAUCUAUGCUUUAAUUAAGUUGUCACGUCUCUUGGGAGACGUGAAGAGAGGGACUACAAAACUUUCUCUCUGAGAAAGUUUCUAGAGCAGUGUCACGUCUUAAUAGACGUGAAGAGAGGGAUUUGUAAGCAUGAGUAUUUAGCUGAGCAUGUUAUAACCAGGCCUUUAGCUAUAACACAUUAACCUCUGCAUAUUAACUGUAGCUGUCUACUACACAUUGCUCAACAGGAAGCAUCACACAAUUGAACUUACACGAAUGUGCUGAUGUCUCAACUCACAGCACAUAGACAGGAACUGGCUCGACCACAAAGCAGUAUCGGCCAAAGCCUGACCCUGUGAAAACAGGAACACGCAUACAUUAAGACACAUAGACUCAUUGCACACAUUUAUUUAUUUAUUUUAUUUUAUUUUACCUUUAUUUAACCAGGUAGGCAAGUUGAGAACAAGUUCUCAUUUACAAUUGCGACCUGGCCAAGAUAAAGCAAAGCAGUUCGACAGAUAAAACGACACAGAGUUAGACAUGGAGUAAAAACAAACAUACAGUCAAUAAUGCAGUAUAAACAAGUCUAUAUACAAUGUGAGCAAAUGAGGUGAGAAGGGAGGUAAAGGCAAAAAAGGCCAUGAUGGCAAAGUAAAUACAAUAUAGCAUAUAUAUAUUAUUAUUAUUAUGUUAUAAUAUAACAUAAGCUGCAUAAGAUAAACUUAUCUAGGACACACACACACACACACACCCUGGACUCAGGAAAACAACAAGGACAUUAAGCAACGGCUGAAGCAUGGGCUGCAGGAGCCAAUCAGCAGAGGCUACGCCUGGACCUGAUCCAACCAGAGAACCAGGACUUCAAGAGACUCAACCUACUUUCUGUGCUGUAUAAAACAUGUAAACAAACUGUAUUAGAGCUCUCUCUCUUCUAGCUCACUCGGAGUUACUAGAAAGAGCCCGUGCACGCUGUACCAGAUAUCUUUACUCUGAAUAAACUGUCGCUUGUCAUACAAUCUA